AAAAUCAUUAGGAUAUAAGAUCAUGUUCCAUUAAGAUAUUUUUUACAUUUCCUACCGUAAAUAUAUUUUAAAAAUUAUUUACUAUAUGUUAGUUGUAUAUUAUUAUGUGUUGUUAAGGAUUUCAUUUGGCGAUUUUUCUCAAUAUAAAAUUUUUUUGCACCCUCAGGUUCCAGAUUUUUUUUUAAAUAGUUGUAUCGGUGCCAAAUAUUGUCAUAUCCUAACAAUCUAACUUUAUUCAGCUUUCAGGUAAUGUAUAAACAUCAAUUUAAAAUUAUUGACCCUUUAUAACUGGUUUUGUGGUCCAGGGUCACAUAUUUUUAUCAGGAGUAAAGGUGAUUUUAAUGAAAUGGCAGUAAAUGAAUUUUAUCAAAAAGCUCAUGCUUGAUCCAACAGAUUUAAGUAUUUUUAUGGAUAUGUAGGACCUUUUGAAUGGCUAUAUCCAACCCUACCUUGCUCUACUCUUUUUCAACAACCCAGAGGUCCCAGUCUUCCCAGUGUGCAGCUGAAGAGGAAAGAUCUAUGAUUCACAUGUUUGAUUUGUAUUUGGCUUUUAUUUUGUAGUUUUUUUUUAUUUUUUUACUUACUGAUUUAGGGUUCAUGUUGAAAAAAACGUUUCUUGUAGCUUUUUAGUUUUUUAUUUGCUCUGUAUUUCAAGAGAUUGUCUUCAUUAUUCAAAGUAGCAGUUUUUAUGUUUACAGUUCAAGUUUAAAUCAGCAAAAUAAUACCUCAGUCAUGCUGACCUGUCUACUUUUUGUCACUAUUUUGUAAGUCAGAAAAAAAAGUUGUAUUAUUUUAUUUACUUUUGAGACAAACACUUCAGUAGGACCUGUGUGAAGUAGCUCUUUAAUUAUUUGACAGUCAAACUGCAAAAUGAAGCUCCUCCCACUGUACACGUGCAAACUGAGCUUCGGGUGCUGAUCUCUUCCUGGUUGAUUAUUCAUCAAUUCUUAUUUAUUACAAAAUGUCAUUUUAACAACAUAGUUGCAUAACUGAUUAUAAAACAGGUUUAAAAUCGACUACUUUUAGUGUCUGCAUGUAAUUCGUUAAGUAUGCGUGUAGUUUGUUUACACACAGGGUGGGUGUGAGAGAGAUAGUUUAAAGGGUAAAGCCCCGCCCAAUCACUUUAAUAUUUACAGUAAUAGAAAUCUCAGGCAGCGGUCGGCGAGUGGAUUGUUGAAGCGCAUUCGUUCAGCAUAUGAAUCAACUGGUGACUUUUUUCCACCAAUGAAGACAUAUUGAGCUCAGGAAUGAUCAAAUGUCUAACAACCAGGAAGCACAAGAAGAUGAACUGCUGGCUCUAGCAAGCAUAUAUGAUGAAGAAGAGUUCCGGAGGGCAGAAUCAGGACCGGAGGGCGAGAUCCAUAUGUGUCUUGAACUUCCUCCUGACUUCAAACUAAUAGUCAAGGACCCAGCAUAUAUGGAGUAUGACAUUUCAUUUCUACCCCCUUUGGUUUUGAGUUUUGCACUCCCUGUGGAUUACCCAUCAUUGUCGACUCCAGUUUUUGUUCUAAGCUCCAAAUGGCUCACAAGAAUCCAGAUCUCUGCGCUUUGCAAGAGACUGGACAAGAUUUGGGAGGAAAACCGGGGAAAUGUGGUUCUUUUCACCUGGAUCCAGUUCUUAAAGGAAGAGACUCUGGAAUUCCUGGGCAUCCAAUCUCCACUUGAGAUCCAAAGCAUUGGUGUUCAGUCUCGGUGUCAAUCUGGCCAGAAGCAGGGGGUAAACACUGCUGGAGAUAAAAGUAAACCGCAAGAAUUGGACCCAAGAGCUGUUCAAGAAUUUGAUUCUCGCACAGACAUACUAAACCAGCUGCUGGACUUUGAUGAAGCUCAGAAGCAGAAAGUGUUUGAUGCAAAACUAUUCUGUUGUGGGAUUUGCUUUUCUGAGAAGCUGGGCUCCAACUGUUUGCUCUUCAAAGAGUGUCAACACGUCUACUGCAAGGACUGCAUGAAGGAAUACUUUCAGAUCCAAAUCAGAGACGGCAAAGUCCAGUGCCUUAACUGUCCUGAGCCAGAGUGUACAUCCAUAGCCACUCCAGCACAGGUGAAGGGUCUGGUGGGAGAAGAUGAGUUUGCACGCUAUGACCGUCUGCUCCUUCAGUCAAGCCUGGACCUGAUGGCCGAUGUUGUUUACUGUCCCCGCGUGAGGUGUUGCAUGGCUGUGAUGGUGGAGCCUGACAACACUUUGGCCAUGUGCCCUUCUUGUCGAUACGCUUUCUGUACUAUCUGCAAGCGAACCUACCAUGGCCUGUCUAUCUGCAAAGAAAUUGAGCUUCGCAGGUUGGAGGAGGAGUACCUUGCUGCCUGUGAAAAGGAGAAGGAACGCCUUCAAAUGGACUAUGAAAAGAUGCUCAUUCAGAGAGAAAUAGAUGAGACUUUGAGUAUGGACUGGAUCAAGGAAAACUGCAAACGAUGCCCAUCUUGUCGCAAGCAUAUACAGAAGGUGCAGGGCUGUAACAAGAUGACGUGUACCUCCUGUUGGAGUUAUUUCUGCUGGAUCUGCCUAACAAAGCUCAACAAAGUGAAUCCCUACACUCACUUCGAUGACCAAGAUUCACCAUGCUAUUCCCUAUUGCAUGAGGAAGUCCCAGUGGGACAGCGGGAAGCUUUAGGUGCAGGCAACUGAUCCACCAUAGUUCAGAUGUCUGGAUGAACUUCAUUUUAGCUGUUGUUUUAUUUAUGCAAAGCAGUAACCCUUAGCUUUGUUAAACCUCACGUACAACCAAAACAACUCAUUGUUUGUUUAAAAGUCAAAGACAUUAAUAUCUGUCUUUUGAUUUUUUACUCUUUAAGAAAACUCAGUGAACCAAAAAUUAUGUUAGAACUAAGACUGUCAAUAGUGAUACAUUUUACGGAUUAAUUAAUCAUAUUAUAUUAAUAAUGUAUAUCAAUAUAAAAAAACAGCUAGCAUGAUUUAAUUCUAUAAAUACAAAAAAUGUUUUGAGCAAUAUUUACAUGAAUUAAAUCAAACACAGUAUAAUCAAUAUAGACGGACAACUUACAUUUAGUCCGUGUAACCCUUGUCAAUUCAGUUUUCAGACCAUACAAUGCAAAAAUUAAAAAAAAAGUCUAAAGUCAUAAUUUAGCGAAUGUAAAAUUGGAAAAAGUGUUACACGGACCGAAAACUUAGGCAGCUGACUUGUUGCCUCGCUGCCUCAUGAGAGAAUGACUUCGGUGCCAUGAAGGCAGCUCAGAGAAACACUUUCGGACACACUUCAUAGGCAGCAUAUUUGAAAUAUAAACAGAGAGCGCCUUUGUGAUAACUAAUCACAUUAGAAAACUACAAUACUAAUUUCUCUCUAGAAUUUUUUUUUUUUUAAUAACUCUGCGUGUUGGGAUACACUGCUGUUUGUGCUUUACUGCUUAAUUCACAUCUGAAUUUCAGUAUAUUAUAUAAGGUUUUGAGUAUGGAGAGCAUACCAGAGGAUUACAUAAAUACAAUUUCUUAGGAGGAAUAAAAUUAGACACAAACAAGACAAUUGGUGACAUAAAGCUAUCAAACAAACUUAAAACCUAUAAUUAUUUUAUUAAUUUGUUUUUUAAAAAGUAAAUAUGUGAGCAGACUUUGGCAAAUGUAAGCACAGUUUAACUUUAUUAACACUGUUUAACACAGUUUUUGUUUUUAUUUUACUAUUGUCUAAAAUCAAUAAGAAAUGUUUUAGAAGAUGGUCUCCAUUUGUUAUGUUAGGGUUCGGAAAAACCUCAGAUCCACACGAUUCAAAUAAAUGACAUAUUUUGAUUCAAAAUGUUUAAUGUUCAUGAAUGUUACAAUGAACUUGAUUUUUUAUGACAUUUGUAAAUCUACUAUAAUGUUUAUUUAUGAAUAUACUAUUGUUAAUGGUAAUUUAUGUUUAUAAUACAUGAACUGUAAUAUACACCGAUCAGCCAUAACAUGACCGUCUGCCUAAUAUUAUGUAGGUCCCCCUUUUG